AUGGGUUCUCCUGAUCGUGAGGGUGCGGUAACUAUUGUUGGUGCUGUAUCUCCUCCUGGUGGUGAUUUCACUGAUCCUGUUACCUCAGCAACUCUAUCUAUUGUACAAGUAUUCUGGGGUCUUGAUAAGAAGUUGGCUCAGAGGAAGCAUUUCCCUUCCAUUAACUGGAAUAUCUCUUUCUCAAAGUAUACUCGUGCCUUGGAGCCCUUCUUCAACAAGUAUGAUAAUGAGUAUUCAUCUUUACAACAAAAGGUUAAAGAGAUUCUUCAGACUGAAGAUGAUCUACAAGAAAUUGUACAAUUGGUUGGUCGUGAUUCACUAUCUGAAGAUCAGAAGUGUACUUUAGAGGUUGCUCGUAUUAUUCGUGAAGAUUUCCUUCAACAGAAUGGUUUCAGUGAUUAUGAUUAUAUGUGCCCUCUAGCUAAGACUAUUGGUAUGAUGAAAUGUAUCUGUCAUUUCUAUGAUGCUGCUCAGAAAUGUUUGUCUGAGAAUCAUGGUGAUAAGGUUAUUGGAUGGUCACAGAUAUCUACUGCUUGCAAGGAUGUUAUCGUCGCUAUUACCAAUAUGAAGUUCGAGAUGCCUCAACAUAGUGAAGAGGAUUUCGCUAACUUCUUUGCUAAUCUUGUUAACCAGAUUGAUACUGCCUUCCAGAAUCUUCUAGAUGAGACUAACAAUACCAACUAAUAAUAACUACUGCCACAACUGUUGUUGAUUGAUCAUUAUUGUACCAUUCGAACAUCAUCCUCAUCAUCAUCAUCAAGGACCUCGUCACGUAGCGUGCGUUGCUUCCUAUCGUGAGCAGCAGCAGCAGGUUGUUGUUGUCGUUGUUGACGAUGCUUAUCGAUUUGGUUCCGGCGGGUAGUCGGCAGUUACUACUAUUAGGAGUA